UAUAGUAUCGUGAUAUCUUUACACACCUUCGAAUAUUCAAAUACAUAUCUAUCAGUGCAAAGUGUUCAGUCUCGACUUACGGUUCUUAAGUCUACAAGCUGGAGUGAUUUAUAGUUUUUAACUUUGUUUCGCACAUACAUAUAUGUACUUUUCAUAAUUACAAAUGCAUACUAAAGUGAUUCUCUCGUUACUUUUUGCAUUCAUCGUGAUCUUUGCUAAUCUGUGUACAACGAUUGAAUCGCGUAAAGUGAUCUUCUACAAUCGUCAACCAACAGUGCAAAAGAGUCAGCUGCUAUCCACACAAAUCAUGUCGAAGCCAUGUCCAGCCGGCAAAAUGCGAGAUCAUCGUAAUCGUUGUAGGCGAGCCAUUAUAUUUAGUAGAAAGUCUAAAUAACACAAAUGUCUCGACUGAUUUAAUAAUCAGUGAGUGAUUUUCCAUCGAAUUCUCCGAAAUCAACUGUGGGAUUGGGGCGAAGAGUAGUAGGAGAUCUUCAUUGCAGCAAAGCGGUGCCUUAUUGGAGUAAUUAUAAAUAUAACUUAGUUUAAUUAUAAGAUAGUUAUUACGUUUAAAAAGUAUUUAUGUAUAACUAACCAGCAAGACAGCAGUGACAAAUUAUAAAAGUUCAUAUAUGGCGAUUUGGGUCAUAUGAACGUGUGUAUGAGUAUAUGUCUGUAUUUAUCGGUGCGAAUGUUAAAACCUAAAGAUAUCGUAUUUUAUUAUUUAUGUAGCUUACCUGCAUAGUUUUCUAAGAUCGACACAAUAAGUAUGUAUGUAGAUAUAUCUAAGAGAAAUUAAGUAACAUUUUUUACUUACA